AAAGUUUCAUUUUGAAAAAAAUAAAAUAAAAAGUAGACAAUGAAACACAAAUUUUAGGAUGGACCAACCUUAAUUAUUAUACAUAGCAGAAUUAAACAAAUAGAGAAAAUGCAAUAGUUAACCCCUUUCGAGAAACCUUCUUCUUCGAUUACCCUUUUCUGCAUAUGCAUCAAUGGUCAAACUUCUAUGAGCCUUGUCUGCAUACCCACCUCCACAUCAAUCUUCACCUGCAACUACUCCUUAUCCAUAUGAAUCAUAUCCAUCAAAUUUCAAAUGAAGAGAAACAACUAGAGUUUCAAGCUCAUUCUAGUAAUGGUUCCUUUUCAGCUUUUGAGCAUUUUUACUCUGAAGUGGGUGAUUCAUCCAAACUUUCAGCUUAUUCGGCUUCAUCUGAUGACUCACUGCAUAGCCAGAGUUUGAAGAGUUUUCCAGUUCAGGAUAAAAUUUUCCUCCUGCAUGGUAAUUUAGAUAUAUGUAUUCAUGGAGCUAAGAAUCUUCCAUAUAUGGACAUGUUUCGUAAAACUGUAGGUGACAUGUUUGAUAAAUUUCCUGGUAAUGUGAGCAACAAGAUUGAAGGAACAACGAGUAGGAAGAUUACUAGUGGUCCUUAUGUGUCAAUUCUUUUGUCAAAUGCUAUAGUUGGUAGGACUUUUAUGAUUAGCAAUAGAGAAAAUCCUGUAUGGGAGCAACACUUUUACAUUCCUGUUGCACAUAAUGCUGUUGAAGUACAUUUUGUUGUUAAGGAUAGUGGUAUGGUUGGCUUGCAAUUUAUUGGUAUUGUGGUGAUCCCGGUGGGGCAGAUAUACUCGGGUGAAAAAAUACUAGGCACUUACCCUAUCCUUACUAGCAAUGGGAAGCCUUGUAAGCAAGGUGCUGUGUUGAGUGUUUCCAUUCAGUUCAUUCCAGUAGAGAAGCUGACCAUUUAUCAUCAAGGUGUUGGAGAGGGGCCUGACUAUAUUGGUGUGCCGGGAACUUAUUUUCCUUUGAGGAAAGGCGGAACUGUGACUCUGUAUCAAGACGCUCAUGUUCCGGAUGGAUGCCUGCCUAAUGUCAUGCUUGAUCAUGGAAAGCAAUAUGCUCAUGGAAAGUGUUGGGUUGACAUCUUUAAUGCGAUACGUCAAGCGAAGCAUUUGGUUUACAUUGUGGGUUGGUCAGUGUGGCACAAAGUUAGGUUGCUAAGGGACGCUGGUCAUUCUCAUGGAUCAGAUUUCACCCUUGGUGAUCUUUUGAAGGCCAAGUCUCAAGAAGGAGUAAGAGUGCUUCUCCUUGUUUGGGAUGACCCUACAUCAAGAACCAUUCUUGGUUUUGAUACAGAUGGUAUCAUGGCGACUCAUGAUGAGGAAACUCGGCGAUUUUUCAAGAAUUCUUCUGUGCAAGUGCUACUUUUUCCUCGUAUUUAUGGAAAACGAAAUAGCUGGGCCAGGCAUCAGGAAGUUGGACCAAUAUUUACACAUCAUCAGAAUACAGUAUUUGUGGAUGCCGAGGCUGAAAAUAACAGAAGAAAAAUUGUAGCAUUUAUUGGUGGACUUGAUUUGUGUGACGGCCGAUAUGAUACUCCCCACCAUCCCCUCUUUAGAUCACUGCAGACACUGCACAUGGAUGACUAUCACAACCCUACUUUCACAGGUAGUACUGGUGGCUGUCCAAGGGAACCAUGGCAUGACUUGCAUUGUAAAAUUGAUGGUCCAGCAGCUUACGAUAUUCUGACCAACUUUGAGGAGUGCUGGUUAAGAGCUGUGAAACUUACAGGGAAAAAGCGUUUGUAUGAUGAUGCAUUGCUCAAGAUAGAAAGAGUUUCAAAUAUAAUUCACGUGUCUGAUACUCCUAGUGUUGGUGAUGAUAAUCCUGAAACUUGGCAUACUCAGAUAUUUCGUUCCAUUGAUUCAACCUCUGUCAUGGGAUUUCCGAAGGAGCCAAAAGAUGCAUUGGAAAAGAAUCUAGUAUGCGGGAAGAAUGUGCUGAUUGACAUGAGCAUACAUACAGCAUAUGUAAAGGCCAUUCGUGCCGCGCAGCAUUACAUUUAUAUAGAGAGUCAAUAUUUCAUUGGUUCUUCAUACAAUUGGAGCCAAUAUGAAGACCUUGGUGCAAAUAAUUUAAUUCCAAUGGAGAUUGCCCUUAAGAUUGCUGAAAAAAUAAAGGCAAACGAGAGGUUUGCAGUAUACAUAAUUAUUCCAAUGUGGCCAGAGGGUGAUCCAACAGGUGCUGCCACUCAACGGAUUUUAUUUUGGCAGCAUAAAACAAUGGAAAUGAUGUACAAGACAAUUUACAAUACUUUGGUUGAAGUUGGGCUCGAAGCAGUGUUUUCUCCACAAGACUAUUUGAACUUUUUCUGUCUUGGAAAUCGAGAAGCAGUAGAUAUGCACGAGAACAUUAUUGGGUCUGGAAUUCCUCCCCCACCAAAUACUCCACAAGAAAAUAGUCGAUUUAACCGACGGUUCAUGAUUAAUGUUCAUUCAAAAGCCAUGAUUGUUGAUGAUGAAUAUGUGAUAUUGGGGUCAGCAAACAUUAAUCAACGCUCUAUGGAAGGAACAAGGGACACUGAGAUUGCAAUGGGAGCUUACCAACCUCAAUAUACAUGGGCGAAAAAACAGUCUUAUCCACGGGGACAGGUACAUGGAUACAGAAUGUCACUCUGGGGUGAACAUACGGGUACAAUCGAAGAAUGUUUCUUACAACCGGAGAGCCUGGACUGUGUGAGAAGAGUUAGAACAAUGUCUGAGAUGAACUGGAAACAAUUUUCAUCAGAAUAUGUGACAGAUAUGAGAGGACAUUUACUAAAGUACCCAGUAGAAGUCAACAGAAAGGGUAAGGUUAGAUCUCUUCCUGGUGAUGAAGAGUUCCCUGAUGUUGGAGGAAAUAUAAUAGGAUCUUUUGUAUGGCCAUACCAGAGUGUCAAACCAUUUGAUGAGUUUUUUUUACAUUAUUGAUGGUUAUUAUUAGAAUACGAUGAAAGAUACAAGCUAGUGAAAAGUUGAUAUGAAAAGUUCCUUGAUGUGGGAUAAAAGAUAAUAGCAUCAUAUAUACUGCCUAUGAAAAGUUGAUAUGAAAAGUUCUGAAUAUUCUAUUUGAAAGUAGAAAUAAAAUGAAAUAAAAUUUAGGACUAUUUGAAGUAUAA